AUGGACACCGAGUCGUCCCCGGCCCUCGAGCUGCGCGACAAGCUCGCUCUCGCGGGCAACUCCCUCGACAGCGAUGUCAUCGAGCUGGACCGCGGUGCCCCCGAGAAGCCCGCCCCGCCGCAGCCCGGCCUGCGCAAGCGUAGCAAGACGUUCUGGCUCACCCUCGUCACCCUCGUUCUUAGCUCGUUCAUGGUCAUCCUCGAGACGAACAUCAUAGGUACAGCGGCGCCCACCAUCGCGGAUGACCUCAAGAUAUCCCAGUUCCUGUGGAUCGGCAACACCUACUUCCUGGCCUCGACGGUCCUAAUGCCGCUUUGUGGCGGUCUCGCGGAGAUAUUUGGUCGGCGCCCAGUGAUGCUCGUCUCGCUCGCGAUUUUCGCAGUGGGCGGCGCCGUCUCUGGUGCUGCCAACGGAGAAGGGAUGUUCUUCACGGGUCGCAUUAUCAUGGGUCUUGGAGCCGGUGGCGUACUCACAAUGUCGUCUGUAAUUGUGUCCGACAUGGUCUCGCUUAAGGAGCGUGGACUGUACAACGGGCUGCUCGGCCUGGCAUGGUGCGCAGCGCUUGGUGUGGGACCAGUUGUUGGUGGUGCCUUCGCGGAGAGGGGUCACUGGCGAUGGAUGUUCUACAUGAACGUUCCAUUCGCGGGCGUCGCGGCCGCGUUGGUCGUCCUGCUCGUCAAGCUGCCCACGCCCAAGGGGAGCCUACGCUCCAAGAUCGAGCGCAUCGACUGGAUUGGGAAUGCGAUCAUCCUGGGAAGCUCUACUGCGAUCGUGAUCGCGCUGACGUGGGGAGGCGUGCAGUAUGCUUGGAGUUCGUACCAGGUACUCGUGCCGCUCAUCCUUGGGCUGGCUGGUCUGGCUGGAUUCAUGGUCUACGAGGCGUUCGGGGCCAAGUACCCGUUGGUUCCGUUGAUCUUGGUUUCGAACCGGACGAGUCUCAGCGGAUACCUGCAAGCUCUCGUGUUGACGAUGCCCCUGGCAGGCAUGCUCGGCUAUCUCCCCGUGUACUACCAGGCCUGCAAGCUCGCCUCGCCCAUCGCGUCCGGCGUGGACACCUUCGGGCUCGCAUUCACCGUCGCGCCCUUCAGCAUCAUCACCGGAGUCAUCAUCACCAUCACGAAGCGCUACCGCCCCCCGAUCUGGCUUGGCUGGUCCUUGCUGAUGCUCGGCCAGGGCCUCCUGAGCACGGUGAAGGCCGACACGAGCCGCGCGACCUCCAUCGGGUACCAGGUCCUCAUCGGGUCCGGAAUCGGGCUCGUCUUCACCUCCGCGUACUUCCCCAUCCUGUCGCCCCUCCCCGUGUCCGCCAACGCCGCCGCCCUCUCGUUCUACCUCUUCCUGCGCACAUUCGGCCAGAUUUGGGGGUUCGCCAUCGGCGGGACGAUCCUGCAGAACCGGCUCACGCAGCACCUGCCGGCGGAGUUCUACGAUGAGUUCCCCGCGGGCGUCGCGGUCGCGUACGCGGCGAUCCCGCGCAUCGCGGGGCUGGGCGAGCCGCUGCGCGGCCAGGUGCAGAACGCGUUCGCGGACGCGCUGGUCGUCGUCUGGCGCGCGCACCUCAUCAUGGGCGCGAUCGGGCUUGCGUGCAGCCUCGCGAUGCGCGGCCUGCCGCUGCACGACCAGACGGACGAGCGGUGGGACGCGGAGCAUGAGAAUCGCGCGUGA